GGGCUCUCGUGCUGACCGCCGGAUUAGACACGCUUGAACUGGUCGGCCAGCGGACCGACAUCUAAGUGUUUCACGCCUCAGAUGACCGUUAUGACGCAGGCAGCAGCGGUGGACGAAGGACACGGGUGGACUAGGAACUCAACUGGAUCGAGUCAUGUCAAAAGCACGGUUCUGGAACAAAGAAUCGAGUGUUGAAGGGAGAAUCAUUUUUGCUGCUUAGUGCAGGGUACCGGAGGACACUCCGAAGACUUCCAGAACAGAUCACACACCAACAUCAUCCUUUUGUUGAUUACAAGCAUCUAGCUCGCUUGCAAUAUAAAUAGCUAGAAUACGUCAAUUCAGGAAGCUGAUGCUUGGAAAAGUCAUUACUGAAGAUUUCUGGGAUACGUUUAUUUUUCAAACAAAAUAUAAUUCCUACCUGCUUCAGAUCAGGAAACUCAGAUUUGAUUGGUUGCUCGCCUCAGUUAGAUGCAAAGACCAAAAUGACGCAUAAAGGUCAAGGUGGUAUCAAUCAACUUGGGGGCGUGUUUGCCAAUGGUCGACCCCUCCCCAUCCACAUACGUCACCGCAUUUUGGAACUGGCUCAUCUUGGACUCCGCCCAUGUGAUAUCUCGAGACAGCUACUCGUAUCCCAUGGUUGCGUCAGUAAGAUACUGAGCAGGUUUGCUGAAACGGGAUCAAUCUUACCGGGAGCCAUUGGCGGGAGCAAACCCCGUGUGUCCACUCCCGCUGUGGUGACACGCAUCGCACAGUACAAGCAGGAGAACUCCUCCAUGUUUGCCUGGGAGAUCCGGGAGCGAUUGCUCCUGGAUGGAAUCUGCAGCAAGGAGACACUGCCCAGUGUGAGCUCCAUCAACAGGAUCCUCCGAAACUGCUCCUCCGAACCCGAAGACAGAAAAGAGAAUUUGAACGAAGAUCCAUUGCUUCACACCAAAGAUUCGGAUUGCCUUCACCUACCAAGCAGCCUGUCCCCCACAUCACCGAGACGGUUUCCCGAUGACAGGAGGUCCUUGUCGACGUCACCGACCGACGUCUCGUCCAUGACGCCUUCAUCGCGACGAUCGUCCUUUGCCGUCGACGACAUUUUAGGGCUUCGAGAUCCCCAGCCGACAAAGAGAUCAAGAAUUGAAAUCGUCAGGAACGACAAGGGUAAUCCUGACGAGCCAGAUCAAAAGAAGGCCCGACGGGAGUCGGGAGAUGUUGGAGAUUGCGAUGUUAAGAAAUCUGUAGAGCGCCCUCCAUCAGACAUUCCUCUUCCCCAAGCAGAAAAAUGGCUCGACAAUAAGGCACUGAAAUUAUUACAGCAGCAUUCUGGAGCCGACGGGUCCAAAGCAGUGGUGGAAUUACCUCCUUCGACGACAUUUCUUCCAACCCGACUUCCAUCCAUUCCCCCUCAUCAUCCACUGGCGAACACCAACCUCCCUCUGGCACGAUGGGCGUUACCGUUCCUUACUCUCCGAGGAGGGCAACACUUCCCACAGCACCAAAGACCGGCCCUACCGUUUCACCCCGCUACCAUACCCCACCACCCCCAUCACCAUCCCCAACCCACGAUACAGCCUCCGCACAUCAUACCACACCAAUCUUUCGUGCCUCAUCCCGGCAUUCCGCAUCCUGCCAUGGUGCACCCGAGAUUCGCUCUUCCGAUCAUGGAUCCAGACGAACACGAUGUUCCCGCGGGAAAAAGGAGCGCUCUCAAACCCGCCAUUAUCGGGAACGACAUCAAGCCCCGCAUCAUGCCGUUCUGCAUUCCCGCCGCUGUUCCAAGUAAACUGAUAUCAUCAUAAUGAAAUGCAUGCUUUCCAGCAUAUAUAAUGACUAUUACGAUAACCUAUUUCGAGACUAUUGUGCUUUACGAUCAAUCAAAGUUGUACAUAAUGAUGACAAUAUGCUGAUUUUUUUUUUCCAAAGCGAAUUGACAAUCGUAUCUCAGUAAUGACAUUCAUCUACGUUUUGUUUUCAGUCACGCUAACGAGGGAAGUCUGAAACUUCUCAAGAUUCUCCCCUUCUCAUAAACCUUUACAAUAAUGUAAUAUGAUAUAUCUGAUAACCACAACUAUUAGGUUUCUGAAGCAAUAAUGGUUGAAGUUUUUUUGUCAUUGAAUCAAUUUCAUCAGCAAUACUGUAAAUAUCAUGUUCAUCACACAUUUUCCAUAUGUUGUGUUCUACAGAAGUCGAAGAAUUGCAAAAGUCACAGUAUUAUGGCUUAAGGGAGAAUGCAAUUUUUUUGGAUAAAGAUUUCUUUACAAGAUUUCUUAACACUUUUUUUCUCAAAAUAGACAAGAUUGGUUGUGGAUUGUAUUAUUUUACCUCAAUAGCCACAAGACAACGCAUAAAUUAUGUUCGCCUCUGAACUGCAUAUGACAACCUACAUGUCUGCCUUAAUUGUGAUUCUGUUAUAGUAGUUGUCGUGACCAGUUCUAAUUUUGAAAUUUCAUAUUUGAUUGAAAUCCGGAUUCAAUGCAUUACUAUCAGCAGAAGAUAUGAACACAUUUUAGUCACCGGAAAUGAUUAUAACGUAGUAAUCACUCGUAUGAGGGAGGAAGCACGUAUAGGCCUACCUAAAUAGCCUAUAGGUGAAUCUGAGCUCAGCGAUUCUUAUCGCAAUUCCCUUUUCCCCAAAAAUAUAUUGAAUUAAAAGGAUUUUACAUUGUUUUGUUUUCUUUAAGAACCCUAUUCUUCUGAUUUUUUUUUCAGAAUUGAUUGGGGAAAUAAAUCCACAGGUUAGCUGCAGGCACGAUUAUAGCUGCAGCAUAGUUUCAGUUGUCUAUGGCUAAUGCGAAAUUUGACACAAUCACUGGGAUGUGAUGUAGAUUCUUAACGUUGAUAGAUUAAGACAAUGAGAUUUUACACUGCAAACAUGGCAAAAUACUGGUGUUAUUUUACACCAGCUCGGUAUCCAUAUCGGAAAACAACAAAAGAAGUCUUGGAACAGGACUACUUCGGCUUUAGGCCAACGCCAAAUAGGCUUUUAAAUAAUACUAAUCAUCGUUAGAUCAACACCGGUAUGAAUCUUAACUGGUGUUGUUUCACCACUUCCCUGGUGUUUUCCGAUAUAGAUACCUGACUGGUUUUAAGUUAACACCGGAGUUUUGCAGCGUAUAAGGGUUUCGGUGUCUGAUACAAAGAAACUAAUAUAUUCUAUUACGUUUAACCAAUGAUUUUAAUAAUGGCCACCAUAUCGGAUGGUAUCUUUACCUAUAUUUUUUUGUAGUACAAAAUGUGUACCAAAAAAAUCGGCUGCGAUGCAGGACAUACAAUUUUAAUGAAGGUAUGUCCGUCCUUGUCCUACUUAGCAAAUGGUCAUAUUAUGCUAACAGUCAGCCAAUAGUCUAUAUCUAGGAAUGCACUGAAAUUGUCAGUAUUGCCAAUUUUUAUGAAACUGUGCCCGGUUAAGCUGAUGUGGUACCACGCCAGUGCCUUAAAGGCUCUGUAUGAGUCAAAAUACGAAAAAAAGGAAACAUAAUUAUAAUUCAAACGUGUGGGAAACUGAUGUGCAGUCACAACACGUAAACCCAUUAUGUCCGGGAUUAUGCUUCAGCUUCGCUUUCUGUUGCACAAUCUUCAAUUAACAGACUGGAGCAUUAUCGGUGACUUACAGUUUCAUGUGAAUGUUCAUUCAUUUAAUCCGAAUGUUAUCGUGUAAAAUAAUGUUGAAGCUUAACGUGUUCAGAUAUACUGAUGUCGAAUCCUUUAAGUGCACUUAUAAUUUAUUAGGGUUUUCCUUAAUCCUCUGCAAUUCCAAUGAAUUGCAAAUGUUUGUAUUUCAGUUAUGAAAGAAGUUAGCCGACAUGUAGGCGUUAUCAUGUGUGUUAGGACUAUGUUAUGUUCUAUAAUAAUGCAAUAUUGGUAUACAAAAUGUUUGUACAUACAAAUAUAUAGUGUAAUAAAUUUGAAGAUAUC